CCCUCUUUCCAAGUGCAAGUAAUUUACCACACCUUUGUUUUAUACUAUACCAACUGGAAGCAAAUAAACCAAGAAGAAAUCUCCCAUCGUCCUUCUGAUCCCUACUGUCAAGAAAGAGGAUUAUUUGAAGCAGAAGCUUAUCGACAAGCUGGAGGCGACUCAUGUGGUAAGUUUGCGUAGAAGUACACGUUGUCAUUUAUGAGGUGGUCGUCUCACUCGAACGGAUGCGACAGAGAGGUGCUAUGCGUACUGUCAGACAGCUAAAAACCUAGAAUUCGCGAACGUAAAUUGAGUGUUUUGUUAAUGGAAAUUGUGCAUAACAUGAAUAUUUGAGCGGAAUAAAUCCGGAAAAUGACUAGAGCGGUCUGGAUUGCUACUUUAGUAGCGGCUGCAGUUUUGCUUCGCGCUGCUAUCUCAUUGCAUUCAUACUCUGGUGAGGGUAAACCCCCAAUGUUUGGCGAUUUCGAAGCACAGCGGCACUGGCAAGAAGUGACAGUGAACCUGCCCAUUCGGGACUGGUAUAAAAACACGACGGAUAACGAUUUGAUGUACUGGGGAUUGGAUUACCCGCCGCUGACGGCAUAUCACAGCUUCCUGAUCGGAAUGUGGGCCCAGAUGAAGGAUCCGUCGUUUGUCAAAUUGCACGAAUCCCGUGGAAUUGCCACUUCAGAACAUAAGAACUUUAUGAGGAAUACUGUAUUGUUAGCCGAUGUGUUAUAUAUUCCUGCAAUCAUGUUCGCUUGUUAUACUAUUCGGAAGAAACUGGAUGAAAAGAGCGAUUUUCAAAAUAGUUUAUUGGCCAUGGCUUUGGCAGUUUUGUAUCCAGGACAAAUACUGAUCGAUAAUGGACACUUCCAGUACAACAAUGUUUCCCUCGGAUUGGCUGCCUUGGCAGUGUCGGCUAUACUUGUGGACAGAAAUCUACUCGCGGCUGUAUUAUUCGUUUUGGCACUGAACUAUAAGCAAAUGGAACUUUACCACGCGUUGCCCUUCUUCUUCUACCUGCUAAGCUGGUGCUUUCGUCAUCCGAGAUUGAGUGAUGGAAUCUGGAAUCUACUCAAGUUGGCCUCGCUGGUCACAGCUGCUUUCAUCAUCAUUUGGAGUCCAUGGCUGAUCUCGCUAAACUCAACAAUACAAGUGCUUCACAGAGUGUUUCCAGUAGCAAGGGGAGUUUUCGAGGAUAAGGUGUCCAACGUGUGGUGCAUUGUUAAUGUUUUCGUAAAGCUGAGGGAUUUCGAUAACUCUAUGAUGGCGAUGUUUUGUCUAAUCUGUACAAUGUUUGCGGUCAUUCCAAGUAGUCUACAUCUAUUAUUUAGGCCAUUCAAACGAAACUUCGUACUAGCUCUAUUCAAUAGUGCCCUGGGAUUCUUUCUGUUCAGCUUUCAAGUUCACGAAAAGUCCAUUCUUCUCGCAACGCUACCAGCUGUUUUGCUUCUUCAAAUUUACCCAUUUCACUGCUUCUGGUUUCUUCAAGUAGCUACUUUUAGCAUGAUUCCUCUUUUGUACAAAGAUGGCCUUCUUUCAGCGUAUUUUGGCUGUACGCUACUGAUUCUUAUUCUAACGAAACUAGGUCUCUCAAUGGCACAUUACUUCUCAUUGCCUGAUAACUACAUUGAUAUUUUCAACAUUCGCCUUCUUUCUUCCAACACCGAGAAGAAAUCAUCACCAGCAUUGGUAUAUGCGUUCUACGGCUCUCUUAUCGGUCAAUCGUUGCUACUGUCCGCAUUCAUCUGUGUAUCACCGCCCGCUAGACUGCCAUUCCUAUGGCCGUUGCUCAUAUCGGCGUACAGCUGCGGACACUUCGUGCUUUUCUUCAUAUACUUUAACUAUCUGCAAUUCUUUUCAUAUUGUAAUGUAAAAAUCUCCGAUAGUCGCUCUGCCAUAGGAAAGUCAGGCAAGCAAACAAAAAGGAAAGUCAAAACGAAAUAAAUUUACAUUCUAAUGAA